AUGCAUCUCUCAACCCUCAUUGGCGGGUUAUCCGCGAUUGGCGGUCUGACCCUGGCCCACGCCGCUGUGACCAACCCGGUUAUCGAAGCCGAUAAUUUCAACGUCACCGCCGCAUUGGAGGAUCUCGGUGUGGAUGUAUCCAAAAUUGACGCAUUGGACUCAUACACUACAAUCGAGGCACGAUCGAUCGAGAACGCCGCCUGCGCAGCUGCUUGCGCAAGCUUGAGCUUCCUUUUUGGCUCCAAGGUCUCUGCUCAAAAUUCUGAUGGGUACAACGCCUUCACUGGCUCGUUCUGGUCCGUGCAGCAAGAAGAGGUCCAGCCUCGUUGCGUUUUCCGUCCUACCAAGAACACGGAGGUUAGCACUGCAGUUUUGCUUGCCCGUUUGACUGGUUGCGAGUUUGCUGUUCGCAGUGGUGGCCAUGCUGCCUUUACCGGUGCUUCCAGCGCCCCUGGCGGAAUCAGCAUCUGGUUCAAGGAUAUGAACGCCGUUACCCUUAACGCGGACAAGACGGUCGCCUCUAUUGGGCCUGGAAACAACUGGCUCUCUACAUACUCUGCCCUUGAGCCCUAUGGCCUGGCUGUUGUUGGAGGUCGUGCCUCUAGCAUUGGUGUUGGUGGCUUCGUUUUGGGUGGUGGAAUCUCCUACCACUCCAACCUGCACGGAUGGUCUUGCGACAAUGUUCAGAGCUUUGAGGUCGUCACCGCCAGCGGUUUGAUUAUCACUGCAAGUGCAACCUCCUUCCCUGACCUCUACUGGGCUCUGCGUGGUGGUGGUAGCAACUUCGGCAUUGUCACCAAGUACAAUCUGUACACCAUCCCCUCCCCAGAGCUGUACGGUGGCGCCAGAAUUUUCCUCCAGUCCGAGUUCCCCAAAGUUGUCAACGCUUGGAUCAACGUCAUCAACAAUGCCACCGUUGACCCCAACGCCCAGCAAUAUGUCGCCUUCCUCUCGAACCAAGGAAUGAACCUUGCCACUGCCGAGCUGACCUACGUCAAGAAUGACCCCAACCCCGAGAUCUACAAGCAAUACAGAAAUAUUUCGGCCAUUGCCGACAACUCCAGUGCCAAGACCCUUGUUGAGUACGUCAAGUACCUCGAGACCGAAAACCCCUACCACCAUCGCGAGGUGUACUGGCCCAUCAGCGCGGCUGUCGAUGAGGACUUUGCCAACUGGGUGGUGGAUCUCUUCUUCUCCGUGCGCCCCCAGAUGGACAAGGUUGCCGGUUCCCAGCCUGUGCUCAUCUACCAGGCCGUCACUGAGCCCAUGUUGAAGAACAUGAAGAACUACGGUGGCAACCCCCUGGGACUCGCUGACGCCACUAGCCCUGUUCACAUCUUGCACGUUGCCUGCUGGUGGGACAAUGCGUCUGACGACCAGACUGUCUACGCGUUUGUCAACAGCUUCAUCGAGAAGGUCGUUGCUGAGGCCAAGGCCCGGGGUCUCUUCAAUGAGUACAUCUAUAUGAACUACGCCGGCAUGUUCCAGGAUCCCAUUAGUGGAUACGGUGCUGCCAACAAGGCUCAGUUGAAGAAGAUUGCCAAGAAGUACGACCCCAAGGCUGUUUACCAGACUCUCCAGCCUGGUUACUUCAAGCUUGAGGGUCCUCCCGUGACCGGUGCUUUCUAG